GUAGAAAGAGUGUCUUUGUUGCGUAGUGCAUAACAUGAAUAACAACAACCGUAACUCGCCGGUUGAGUUUGUCCGUGUGCGAGUGCGAGCGUCCCUCACAGUCCCACGCACUCUUCAAUUCAAUUAAAAUAAAAAGUUGGAUUUAAAUUGUAGGAAAUAAUUAUGUUCCAGAGAAGAAAAAAGGAGCAGAUUAGUAACAGUAGUAGCAGUGGCACCUUGGCUGUGGUAGCAUCAUCGACGAAUUCUCCCAUGAGAAACGCAACACCCUCAUUCAAAUCCUUCCUCUUAACGCUCUCGCUCAUUCUCAACCUCUACCUCCUGUGGGCCCCACUCUCCCCAACGCUCCCCCAAUCCACCCUCAUCUCCCGCCUCUCCCCCACCGCGCGCCGCCACCUUCUCUUCUCCGUCGCCUCCUCCUCCCUCUCCUGGCCCCGCCGCCUCCCCUACCUCCGCCUCUGGCACUCCCCCGCCACCACCCGCCUCCUCGCCUUCCUCGACAAACCGCCGCCGUCCACCAACUCCUCCCACUCUCCCGAGGUCGUUAUCUCCGCCGACACCGACGCCUUCCCGUACUCGUUCCGCGGGGGGCUGCGCUCGGCGAUCCGCGUGGCGCGCGUGGUGAAGGAGGCCGUGGAUCGCAACGAGACGGACGUGCGGUGGUUCGUGUUCGGCGACGACGACACCGUGUUCUUCGUCGACAACGUGGUGAGGACGCUCGCCAAGUACGACCACCGGAGGUGGUUGUACGUCGGGAGCAACUCCGAGAGCUACGACCAGAACGUGAAGUACUCGUUCGAGAUGGCGUUUGGCGGUGGAGGCUUCGCGAUUAGUUCCUCGCUCGCUAGGGUUUUGGCUAGGGUUUUGGAUUCGUGUUUGAGGAGGUAUGGACAUUUGUACGGCAGCGAUUCCAGGAUUUAUUCCUGCGUCGCGGAGCUUGGUGUUGGAUUAACUCAUGAACCUGGAUUUCAUCAGUUAGAUAUGCGGGGUAAUUUGUUUGGGAUGCUGACUGCACAUCCAUUAUCUCCUUUGCUGUCCCUUCAUCACUUGGAUGCAGCGGAGCCCCUUUUUCCUGACAUGAACAGAGUACAGGCUUUGGAACAUCUUAUUGCAGCUGCAAAUAUAGAUCCUGCCAGGAUUCUGCAGCAAACUGUCUGCUAUGAUCGAUCAAAUUCUUUGACUUUCUCGGUUUCUUGGGGUUUUGCUGUUCAGGUUUAUCAAGGAAAUGAACUUCUACCUGACCUCCUUUCGCUGCAGAAAACUUUUGUGCCAUGGAGGAGGGGUAGUAAAGCUAAUGCCAAUUUUAUGUUUAACACCAGAGACUACCCUAGAGAUCCUUGUAAAAGGCCUCCUGUAUUUUUCUUGAAAAAUGUUACAUCUGAUAAAAGGGGCAUUUGGAGCAAUUACAGUAGGCAUGUUGUUGGGAACUGCUUUGAAUCAUAUGUUACACAGCUCAAGCGGAUCAUAGUUUUUUCAAGGAAGCUGGAGCUUAAUAAUGAACAGAUGAAUGCCCCCCGUCGUCAGUGCUGCAAUGUGUUGCCAUCUUCUAAUGAUACAACCAGUCUUCAUAUUAGACCGUGUGAAAUCGGUGAACUGAUCUCCAUGCAAUCAUAACAUUCUUUUAGGAGUGGCCUUCUUUGAAGGCUUCAAAAUUUUCAUGAGCGUGAAUAUCCGUGUUGCAGCUGAUAUGAGAGUAGAGAAAGGUCCUUGGCCUCUAUGUAGAAGAAAAAAUAUCAAAGAUAACUAAAAGAUCUUGCUGGUGAUCAAACCCCUCACAGAGUCACAGGCAGGUUUUCGUUCGUUGGAAAAGUGACCAACCUCAAACAAUUUGCCUCAGUUGCCUAGCUUGUUUUAAUUGCUUGGUAACUGAAUUUUUCAAAUAUUUUAUUUCUCAGCAAUUUCUCAACAAUUUAUCUACUUUUUAUGCUCAAAAUUUCAGGGGAGCUCCCGUGGCAUUUGGAGUGAGGUAACAGAUCAGUCAAGGGUCCAAUUUUAAUUUGGAAUGUGAUCCCAACCAUAUUUCAAUUCAUGCUAUUUGCCAAUUAGUGCUUUGUCUGAAAUUCUGUAAAUUCUACAUAAUUGUUUGCCGCCUGCAAAGUGGUAAUAUAUUUUACACAUUGAACAGUCUGCUAGAAAUAUUAAUAUUUUUUAUGGAUGAGAUAUGAAUGCGAUUUCCAAUUGUGCACGAA